GUACAGGGGAGGCUUUUAAUUCCAUUGUGGAGAGGACGGCGUUAUUUUUAUUAACUGGAGGCGACGGCGGCUGCGGCGGCGGCGGGACCCCCAGGCCACCUCCGGGGUAUGAAAAUCGGCAGCGGGUUCCUGAGUGGCGGCGGUGGUACGGGCAGUAGCGGUGGUAGCGGCUCCGGCGGCAGCAGCGGCGGCGGCGGCGGCGGCGGCGGCGGCGGCAGCAGCAGCAGCAACAGCAGGAGAGCAGAGAUGGAGCCCACCUUUCCCCAGGGUAUGGUUAUGUUCAACCACCGGCUUCCCCCGGUCACCAGCUUCACACGGCCGGCGGGGUCGGCCGCCCCUCCCCCGCAGUGCGUGUUAUCCUCCUCUACCUCCGCAGCCCCGGCCGCUGAGCCCCCCCCUCCGCCAGCCCCGGACAUGACUUUCAAGAAGGAGCCGGCGGCGUCAGCCGCGGCCUUCCCUUCGCAGAGGACCUCCUGGGGAUUCUUGCAGUCUUUGGUUAGCAUCAAGCAGGAGAAACCCGCGGAUCCUGAGGAACAGCAGUCCCACCACCACCAUCACCACCACCACUAUGGGGGGCUGUUCGCUGGAGCUGAAGAGAGAUCUCCAGGCCUAGGAGGAGGGGAAGGGGGGAGCCACGGCGUCAUCCAGGACCUCAGUAUUCUCCACCAGCAUGUCCAGCAGCAACCAGCCCAGCACCACCGUGAUGUAUUACUGAGCAGCAGUAGCAGGACUGAUGACCAUGGCAACGAGGAGCCAAAGCAGGACACUAAUGUCAAAAAGGCAAAGAGGCCAAAGCCAGAAUCUCAGGGAAUCAAAGCCAAGAGGAAGCCAAGUGCAUCUUCCAAACCUUCUUUGGUUGGUGAUGGAGAAGGUGCCAUCCUCUCCCCAAGUCAGAAACCUCAUAUCUGUGAUCACUGUAGUGCUGCUUUCCGAAGCUCCUAUCACCUGCGGAGACAUGUCCUCAUUCAUACAGGAGAAAGACCUUUUCAGUGCAGCCAGUGUAGUAUGGGUUUCAUUCAGAAAUAUCUACUGCAGAGACAUGAGAAAAUUCAUAGUAGAGAGAAGCCCUUUGGAUGUGAUCAAUGCAGCAUGAAGUUUAUUCAGAAGUACCAUAUGGAGAGACACAAGAGGACACAUAGUGGAGAAAAGCCAUAUAAGUGUGACACUUGCCAACAGUAUUUUUCAAGGACUGAUAGAUUGUUGAAGCACAGGCGCACAUGUGGUGAAGCCAUAGCGAAAGGAGCCGCUAGUGCAGAACCUGGGUCAUCGAACCAUAACAAUAUGGGUAAUCUGGCUGUGUUGUCUCAGGGAAAUACAAGUUCUUCAAGGAGAAAAUCAAAAUCAAAAAGCAUAGCUAUUGAAAAUAAGGAACAUAAAACUGGUAAAACAAAUGAAUCACAAAUUUCAAAUAAUAUAAACAUGCAGAGUUAUUCAGUAGAAAUGCCUACUGUGUCUUCCAGUGGAGGCAUAAUUGGCACUGGUAUAGAUGAACUACAGAAAAGGGUGCCAAAAUUGAUCUUUAAGAAAGGAAGCAGAAAGAAUACAGAUAAAAGCUACCUUAAUUUUGUGUCACCGUUACCAGACAUAGUUGGACAGAAAUCCUUGUCUGGGAAACCAAGUGGCUCACUUGGUAUAGUAUCAAAUAAUAGUGUGGAGACCAUUAGUCUUCUCCAAAGUACAAGUGGUAAACAAGGUCAAAUAAGUAGUAAUUAUGAUGAUGCCAUGCAGUUUUCAAAGAAAAGAAGAUAUUUACCAACUGCCAGCAGCAACAGUGCCUUUUCUAUAAAUGUAGGACACAUGGUCUCCCAACAGUCCGUCAUUCAGUCUGCAGGUGUCAGUGUUUUGGACAGUGAGGCGCCAUUGUCACUUAUUGACUCUUCAGCACUAAAUGCUGAAAUUAAGUCUUGUCAUGACAAGUCUGGAAUUCCUGAUGAGGUUUUACAAAGUCUUUUGGAUCAAUACUCCAACAAAUCAGAAAGCCAGAAAGAGGAUCCUUUCAAUAUAACAGAACCACGAGUGGAUUUACACACCUCAGGAGAACACUCAGAAUUGGUUCAAGAAGAAAAUUUGAGCCCAGGCACCCAACCACCUUCAAUUGAUAAAACACAAGUGUUGCAAGAAUACUCCAAAUACCUCCAACAGGCUUUUGAAAAAUCUACUAACGCAGGUUUUACUCUUGGACAUGGUUUCCAAUUUGUCGGUUUGUCUUCACCUCUCCACAACCACACUUUAUUUCCAGAAAAACAAAUAUACACUACAUCUCCUUUGGAGUGUGGUUUCGGCCAAUCUGUUACCUCAGUGUUGCCAUCUUCAUUGCCAAAGCCUCCUUUUGGGAUGUUGUUUGGAUCUCAACCAGGUCUUUAUUUAUCUGCUUUGGAUGCUACACAUCAGCAGCUGACACCUUCCCAGGAGCUGGAUGAUCUGAUAGAUUCUCAGAAGAAUUUAGAGACUUCAUCAGCCUUCCAGUCUUCAUCUCAGAAAUUGACUAGCCAGAAGGAACAACAGAAAAACUUAGAGUCCUCAACAAGUUUUCAGAUUCCAUCUCAGGAGUUAGCUAGCCAGAUAGAUCCUCAGAAAGACAUAGAGCCUAGAACAACAUACCAGAUUGAGAACUUUGCACAAGCAUUUGGUUCUCAGUUUAAGUCGGGCAGCAGGGUGCCAAUGACCUUUAUCACUAACUCUAAUGGAGAAGUGGACCAUAGAGUAAGGACUUCAGUGUCAGAUUUCUCAGGGUAUACAAAUAUGAUGUCUGAUGUAAGUGAGCCAUGUAGUACAAGAGUAAAGACACCCACCAGCCAAAGUUACAGGUAAGGUCCCAGAAGUGACCAGGCUGGGGGUCUUCUAAUGUAAUUUUGUUUUAUUUUGAGAACACUGCCAUUGGAAUGUUUCUACACGAUCCUAUUAAGAAUAAUGUAAUGCCCUUUCAAUGCAACUUUUCAUAUUUAGUUUAUUUUGUUAGUGUGRUUUUAGCUCUGUUUGUAUUAUGAUUUUUAAUCAAAAUCAAUAGAUUAAAAAUAGUUUGACAUUCAAAGUGACAAUGUUUAGCAAUCAAAUUUACAUGUAUAGAUUGUCAGGGAAUAGCCCAAAACUUUUAAAUGCAAAAAAAAAAAAAAAAUCCCCAAAAAAGAAAAAC